CUCUCCCUCCCUCCCUCAGGAAGCAAUGGCGCAUGGCUCUGGCGGAGCAGGCAGUGCUUGUGGGUACCCAGACGGCGCGGCGGCCGCUGGCCAAUGAGAGCGCGGCAUUACCGCACCCCGCCAAUCGGAGACGCCGCCGCGGGCGGGCUGGGGCGGGGCCAGGAGGGCACCGGGAAGUGCCGCGCGCGGGGAUCCCGAGGAGCGCCGGGAGCCGCCGGGCCAUGCUGCAGGAGCUGGUGGCUCGGGCGGCCGGCCGGCACCCGCGCAGGGCCGCCGUCCGCUUCCCGGGGAGCCGCGGGCAGCCCGCCGCCCUCCGCACCUACGCCGCGGUGCUCCAGCUCGCCCAGGAGCUGACAGCUUUCCUCCAGAAGCGCUGCGGCCGCCGAGGCGCGCGUGAAAUCGGCCUUUACUGCUAUCCAGGGAUAAACCUGCCGUCUUGGAUCUUGGGAAUCCUUCAAGUUCCAGCUGCCUAUUCACCUAUUGAUCCAGAUGCACCACCAACCAUCUCCACUUACUUCAUCAAGAAAAGCAACCUUCAGUAUAUUCUUGUUGAGAAUGACAAAAUAAAUAAAUUCCAGAUGUCCCAUGCUGGCUUUUUUUACCACAAUUCUUCUGCCAUAGAACAUAUUGGUUUAACUCUCUUCCAAAUGAGCUCAAGCAACACUGAUUUCAGUUCAGAAGUAGACAAUAUGAAAAGUAAAUGUGAACCUUUCAAAGCUGUGGGUAACUCACAGCCAGAAUAUACUGUUUGCCCAGAUCAAACCGAAGUAAAAACAUCAGAAGCAGCAUCCACGGAUGCUGACCAGAAAGACACUUUAGCAUAUGUCUUGCAUACAUCAGGAACUACAGGGGUCCCCAAAAUAGUCAGAGUGCCUCACAAAUGUAUAGUGCCUAAUAUUCAGCAUCUGAAGUCUAUAUUUGAGAUCACACAGGAUGAUGUGCUGUUCCUGGCAUCUCCUCUCACAUUUGACCCUUCUGUGGUUGAGUUGUUCAUGGCUCUGACAAGUGGAGCCUCUAUUCUUGUUGUACCAAACACCAUUAAGAUGAUGCCUGUGGAGCUCUCUGCUGCUCUGUUUCACCACCACCACGUGACUGUGUUGCAGGCAACACCAACACUUCUCAGGAGUUUUGGAGCUCACAUUAUUAAAUCAAGAGUGUUGUCUGCAAAUACUUCACUUCGUGUCUUAGCCCUUGGUGGUGAAGCAUUUCCUGCACUGAGUCUCUUGAAAAGUUGGAAGCACAAGGAGAACAAAACAAGCAUUUUUAAUCUCUAUGGUAUUACUGAAGUGUCAAGCUGGGCCACUUGCUACAAGAUUCCUGAGGAGGUUUUUAGUGCUGAUUUUAGAACAGAUUUUCCUGUACCUUUGGGUUCACCGCUCCUUGGAACAAAAGUUGAGGUCAGAGAUGCCAAUGGAUCUGCAGUUCUUGAAGGCGAGGGACAGAUAUUUAUAGGUGGUGAAGAACGAAUCUGCUUUCUUGAUGAUGAAGUAACUGUGCCACAGGGUACAAUGAGAGAAACAGGGGAUUUUGUAAGAGUGAAGAAUGCAGAGUUGUUCUUCUUGGGCCGGAAGGACAAUCAGAUUAAACGUCACAGCAAACGUUUUAAUAUUGAAUAUCUGCAGCAGGUUGCUGAAGGUCUUUGCCAGGUAGAAGCUUGUGCAGUUACCUGGUAUCAACAACAAAAACUUAUCCUGUUUGUUUUACCCAAAGAUGAUUUUGAAGAGAGAGAAACAUUUAAGGAACUCCAGAAGCAUCUACCAGCUUAUGCAGUCCCUGAUGAGAUUGUAGUGAUUAAAGCUUUGCCUUUAACAUCACAUGGCAAAGUUGAUAUAUCUGAACUGAACAAGAUUUACCAGAACCAUCUAAACUCCAGAAGGCGUGACAGUAAGCUGAGUGACGCAGAGGAAUUGUGGGAAAGAUUGCAGUAUUUAUGGAAGUCUGUCCUUGGUCUUCCAUGUGAUUCCACUGGAAUUUCUAAAGAUGCAGUAUUUCUGUACAGUGGUGGAGACUCCCUAAAGGCACUACGAUUUUAUGAAGAAAUUGAGAUGUUAGUAGGCAAAGCUGUGCCUGGACUCCUUGAAGUUAUUCUCGGCCACUCAAUUGAAGAGGUUUACAGACAUAUUCUUAAAAUGCUGUUUCCAGAUGAAGAACAAUUAAUGAAUCCUGACAAUGUUGUGAAAAGAAAAUUAAGAGGGAACAAUGGAGAGGAAUUCCAUGGAAAAUACAUUAAACUGACAUCUGAAAGAGGUCUUGAGAUUGCUUCAGGAUUAAUUCCUUUUCUUGCUCUGAACAGAGGAAAUCAUUUCUUCUCUAUGAAUUUCGCCAAGUCUUCUAUGCAGCCCAAAAAUACAGUGCAGGUAGGAGUGGAACCACUACAGCAGCCAUCCUCUCUGCAUUCCAAGAUUCCAGGUGUAAUCAAAAGCCAUGUGCGAGGGUCUGAACUGGAGAAUAGAAUUUUAACAGUUGAAAACAAGGCAAAUAGAAAUGACCAUUCCUCUGUUCAGCACAUCCAUGCAGAAUGUAGCCAUUCAUCAGUGGCAGAGCUGGCGUUGCGCGUGAGGUGGAAGUCAAACACAAGAAAAUGUGUUGAUGCAUCACCACUGGUUAUAAUACCAGCUAAAGAAGAAGUAUCUGCAUCUGUGUAUAUUGGCUCUCACUCCCAUGCAAUGCAGGCAAUUGAUCUAGAUUUGGGAGAAAUAAAAUGGGAGAAGACCCUUGGAGAUCGUAUUGAGUCUUCUGCCUGUGUAUCCAAGUGUGGAAACUUCAUUGUUGUUGGUUGUUAUGAUGGCUUGGUGUAUGUGCUUCAAAGCAGUGAUGGAGAAAUACACUGGACUUUUGUCACAGAAGACACUGUGAAAAGCUCUGCAGUUGUAGACCCUUCCAGUGGACUGGUCUACAUUGGAUCACAUGACCAACAUGUGUAUGCUUUGGAUAUUUAUAAAAAGGUGUGUAUAUGGAAGUUACACUGCGAAGGUGGAGCUGUGUUUUCAUCUCCUUGCCUAAGUUCAUUUCCACAUCAUCUCUAUGUUGCUACACUAGGAGGACUGUUACUGGCUGUUAACCCAGUGACAGGGAGUAAGAUUUGGAAGAGCAACCUUGGAAAACCACUCUUCUCCUCUCCUCACUGCAAUGAGAACUACGUCUGUGUUGGAUGUGUGGAUGGAAACCUAUAUUGUUACACUCAUUCUGGAGAAAAGGUUUGGCAAUUUUCCACUAAUGGGCCAGUGUUUUCAUCUCCAUGCCUCUCAAGUUUAACUAAGCAAGAAAUAUUUUUUGGCUCUCACGACUGCUUUAUCUACUGCUGUAACAUGGAGGGUAAUUUACUGUGGAAAUUUGAAGCCACUUCAAGUGUAUAUGGAACACCAUUCAUUUUCCAAAGUGAUGACUUAAAUAACAAAAUUCUCUUGGCAGCAGUAUCUACAGAUGGCAAAGUGUGGAUCCUGAAUGCCAAGAGCGGAACAGCAGAAGGAGUAGAUAAGCUUCCAGGGGAGGUUUUCUCUUCACCCGUAGUAUGGGGAACAAAGCUUGUUGUUGGCUGCAGAAAUGAUUAUGUUUAUUGUCUGGAUCUGCAUAUAGCAGGAAAAAGUAACAGCUAAGAUGUUAGGCUGCUUCCUUGUUGUUGUUUACAUUUGUAAAACUAGGAGCUCACAGGUGCUCUCUACCCCUCUGCCUAUUUUGCUGCAGGCAAGAGAUGCUCCUUGCAGGCUUAUCAGGUGGCAUUUUGCAUCAGGCAGUGUCCAGUAUGGAGGGAGGAUGGCUGCUCAGCAUCUUGCCAGAGAGGGGACAAAGUGUGUAAGGUGCCAUAUUCCACAGCUUGGAUGGCAGGCUGAUCUCUGAUGGAGGAGUGUAGUGCUUUCUCUGCCUCCUCGCCAGUGCCUGGCUCUUCCUUGCACCAGACUAGUGUUUGUCUGUCUGUCAAGAUUUCUGCGCCAGCCAAGCUAACCCAGGUCCUCUUUUGAACGUAACUUUUAACUUGAUUUCUGGAGACAUAGCCUGAAUUUCCUUACCUGUAAGGAGCAACCUGUUUACUACAGUUUGUACAAACAGAAUAGUUCAUCUUUUGUGAACCUAAGCCUAUCAUGGCUUAAUUAAUCUAGCAGAUACUUAGACUCCAUUGAAGUCAGUAGGAGUUGCCUCUUGUACUCUAAAGUAGAAAUAACACUAUAAAUAUUUAUUAAAUUUCAAUGACAGGAACAGUAUGAGUUCCAAGAUGAAGUGUGCACUGCUCAAAUUAACCACUGUAAAAGAAUUUUUUUAAGAUAUUUGAAUGAAUGCUGUUUACAUUGUCUUCAAAAGAACUAUUAAUAAAAGGUUGUGUAAAUUGG